CACGAAUGAGAACUUAUGCCUUAAUUCGCGAAAAUAGUGUGGAUACAAAUUGUGCCGCCGCUGAUUGUGACGCAGCGUGUGUAACCUGGUAGUUUUCUCGUACUUGACCGCCACGAAAAUCUUCUGUGACCAAAAUUAUCCUAAAAACGAGGUACUGCGUAAAAUUUGAAACACAUAUCAAAAUGGGAACAACGAACGCACAAACCAAUUCGGGACACGCACACGAUGAGACUCACUCGAGAGGAAGUUCAAUCGACACAUUCUUCGCCGAAACGGUGAUCUUUGUAACGGGUGCCACUGGUUUCUUAGGGAAAGCCCUCCUGGAGAAGCUGCUGCGCUCGUGUCCUCGUGUGGCUACAAUUUUCGUUUUAAUCCGUCCAAAAAGAAGUCAGUCUAUCGAAGAACGCUUCAGGGAACUACUGGAAAAUCCUGUUUUCGAUAGAAUACGAUCGGAAAUUCCUGGCGCCUUAAAUAAGAUCUUCCCCGUUAAGGGCGACGUGGGCAUGCCGGAACUGGGACUUCAGCCCGAAGACAAGGAUAUGUUAAUACAGCGAGUUAACAUUGUUUUUCAUAGUGCAGCCACCGUGCGUUUUAAUGAGCCGUUGAAAGUGGCCGUUAAUCUAAACACAAGAGGCACUGAACGUAUGCUAGACUUGUGUAGGCACAUGACGAACCUUAUUAGCGUCAUUCACGUUAGCACGGCCUACAGUAACGCCGAUCGACAAGAAAUUGAGGAAUCGAUAUAUAUCACGGAGAUAAAGCCGUACACAGUAAUCGAUAUGUGCGAAAAUUUGGAUGACGAAACGAUAGGAAUAAUAGAGAAGAGAUUAAUCGGUAAUCAUCCAAAUACUUAUACGUUGACCAAAGGUUUGGCAGAGCAGAUUGUGCUGUCCAAGGGAAGCGAUUUACCAAUCGCGAUCGUACGACCGAGUAUAGUUUGCGCAGCGUAUCAAGAACCAUUUCCAGGAUGGGUAGAUAAUGUUUACGGUAUUACAGGUAUAAUGACAGAGAUAGGUAGAGGUACUAUUAGGAGCAUCAUAUGCAACGCAAAUUUAGUAGUAGACGUUGUACCUGUCGAUUUUGUUGUCGAUACAUUAAUAUGCGCGUCUUGGUAUAACGCUACGCAACGUUCCGAUACGAUAAAGAUUUAUAAUUGUACCAGCAGCUCAUUGCAUCCAAUCACAUGGCGUGAAUUCGGACAUCUUACGAGGAAGCACGCUAUAGAAUCUCCAUCGAAAUACGUCAUGUGGUAUCCAGACUUUACGUUUAGAACAAACAAAUUCAUUCACACUAUCAUGGUAGCUAUGUUGCACUUCUUACCUGCAUUCAUCGUAGAUCUUAUAUUAAGGGUCCAAGGUUAUAAACCUAUAAUGAUGAAAAUCGCCAAACGUUUCGAGCGCGCCGCUAAAACUGGAGAGUUCUUCACGAUGAACGAAUGGAAAUUCUGUGCUGAUAACAUGACGAAGUUAGUGAAAUUUGUAAGAGCGUCGGGUGAUUGUGACGAUUUCAACGUAGAUAUCAAAAGUUUAGAUUGGGAUACGUACUUACAUCAAUACAUAUUAGGAAUUAGAAAAUAUAUUUUGAAAGACAAUUCAGAUACGUUAAAUAAUGCCCGAAAUCGUUUAUCGAAAUUGUAUUGGAUGCAUAAAUUAACCAAAGUAUUCAGUAUAUUCAUGUUAUUAGGAAUGAUCAAGUGUGCCGGUCGGUCAUCGAGAAAUUAUACGGAAGCUUUUGGAUCGCAAUUCUAGGAACACUGUAAAAAUAUUAUGGAAAAUAUUUUAGGAAAGAGGAACAUAUAACUUUGUAGUACUAAACUGUUGUCAAGUAACUAAUUUACUAAUUAAAUCAGAUAUUAAUGGGAAGGAGAGGAGGAAAGAAAGGAAAGGUAGUUCAAGAAAUAUAAUUUUGAAAAGCGUAAAUGUAGAAUGAUUGUAAAUACUAUAAAAUCUUUGUUUAAAACAUUUUCUCACAUAUCUCUCACAUAUUUUGUACGAUAAUUAUUAAGUUAGCUUCUUAAAGAUCCUACAAUUGACACGUACAAAAAAUGUUAUGUUUCUUAUUUUGUGUUAUUCUAUCAAGAUAUACAUAUACA